GGCGUCGAGCUACGGAGUUCUCCAUGCGGUUGGGACACAUUGGACAGCCGCCCUGUGCUACCUCCUCAUCGCGACUUUCGCAGCCACUAUCAAGGGAACGUGCACCAUUUCUUCUUUGUCUCCACCGAGAUCUGUUCUCACUCGCUGCACCGCCAAUCUCGUCACAAUUUUGCGCACCCCCAGAUUUUCUUGGCGACUCUAGCCAUUGAUCUGGCGCAUCUAAAUAUUGUGAAAUACCACUGCACCCAUCCCUCCGCGGCCUUCUUGCGGUGUGCUUUUUACCGUUGAUAUUCCCAAAGAUUCGAUCCUGUGGUUAGACCAAAGCCUGGUCGUACGCUCAUGUCGAUGAUUGUGCAACAUUGAGCCGGGGUCUAAAUUUUGCGUUCUCCGCUGUAAAGUGGACUCGUCUUCGGCCUUGAACAUCCAAUUUGUCCGCAGAUUCAUAUUUGGUACGAGUUCGCCAUCCUCAAGUGCACUGUGCACGUCGUUCGCUUUUUGCUAUCCUUGGACACUGUGCACACCACAUUUUUCCAGCCCAUUACUCAGUGGAAGCUCUCAGCCCAAAGAUACCUUCACCUCUAUCGAUAGCAUAUCCGGAUCGAGGUUCAAUGAAACAUCAGACUAGUGAGAGUUCGUGGGCACAAAACUUUCCUCUUCGACGGGCGUGCUGUGAGUGGAAGAUGCGCAAGGCCGGAUAGUUCUCGCAACAUCUACAGCAGCGUCUUACUUAUGUGUCAAAUCUUCUUUUUCUCCGAUAACAGACAGAAACAUGGUAUGACAAAGACCAGAAGUUAUAGGAAGGAAAGGCUUUGCGUCCGAAUGGUAUAAUCGGAUAACGACCUGUCAAGUCGGCAGAAGGCGCGCAUCCUGUAUUUUUCUGAACGUUCUACGAAACCAAACCGAUUCUUUCCCAUAUCGAUUAUGAUGUCGCCUUUGAAUGGGUGGAAGGUUUUGUCCCCGGGUUGGGUCUCGAGAGAUACGCAAGGAUCUUUGGUUUCGAUAGUGAAGCGGAUUGAUAUUCCGAUCACGAGCAUGACCACACCUGGUCAAUUAGAAGCAAGUCGACACGACCCAUUCAAUCAGGCCUCGAAGUACGCGUUGGGAUGGGUUUACUUCUCGAUUGCGCUAUUGGUGUUUACCUUUGUUAUAAGGUCAUACCACAUAUGGGGUGACAAGAUCCGGGCCGCGCUAUACAGAGAAGAAUUGCGGAAUUUUGAUAAAUCACUGGAGCUCGACCAUGAAAUGGCCACACCAGCUACGGCCAACUCAACCAGUAGCUUUUUUCCCGUGCAUGGUGCGUUACCUCCUCCGCCAAAGAGAGAGUCCGCCAUUGCCAAUAUGCGGUGGUUGAACUACUCAAUUGCGUUCGUACGAUGGAUAUUUUACCGGCCGAUACCUGUCAUCAGACUCUGGAAGCUGGAAAUUGUCCCGCCAUCACUAGGAGCGAUAUUCAUCGUCGGGUUGGCCUUCAUUUUCGUCACCUUGUAUAGUUUUGUUCCGCAGCCACUGUUCUACAACAGUAUUCGAGACGGAUCGCCCCCAUUGGCAAUCAGAGCAGGAAUGCUCUCUGUCUCGCUGCUGCCUUGGAUUAUCGCCCUGAGCAUGAAGGCCAACCUGAUCAGCAUGCUUACUGGAAUAGGUCAUGAGCGGCUGAAUGUCCUUCAUCGAUGGGCUGGAUACCUCUGUAUGUUCUUGGCUCUCGUCCAUAUGAUUCCAUUUUUCAUCACCCCUGUUUGGGAGGACGGAGCUCUUGAAUUAUUCCGCCAGUUCAUCAAGGGUGACUACUACAUUUACGGCUCUGGGCUGGCAGCGCUGGUUCCGCUCGCCGUUCUCUGUCUUCAUUCCCUGCCUAUUUUUCGAAAUCGGAUGUACGAACUAUUCGUGACCUUGCACGCUCCGAUAUCAGUGGUUUUUGUGGGCAUGAUGUUUUGGCAUUGCGCCAACUUUUUAACGUCCUGGCACUAUUUGUACACGACGGUAGCGAUUUGGGCGACUUCCUAUAUCAUUCGGGUCUUCUAUUUAAACUGGACGAAUCCACUUCGGCUUUCUUGGCUGAUUGGAGAAGAGUCGGCAGUGACGAUCCUCCCUGAAAAUGCAGUCAAGGUUACCAUCCCGACCCAAAUGAGAUGGAGGCCAGGACAAUAUGUUUAUUUACGGAUGCCGGGUAUAUCAAUCUUUGAGAAUCACCCGUUUACCAUUGCUUCUUUAUGUAGCGAUGAGUUUCCAUCCAGCUAUGGGGAGGAGUACCGGGACAUGGCUCUCGUUUUUAGGCCUUUUGGCGGCUUCACGAACAAAGUGUUGAACACCGCUCUAGUAAAAGGUCCCUUCAAAACAUAUCGUGCAUUUAUCGAUGGGCCAUAUGGUGGGAUGCGACGAGAAUUGGCGGCAUUCGACCACGUUGUAUUUUUUGCAGGCGGGAGUGGCAUUACUGCCAUUGCGAGCCAAUUGUUGGACCUGAUCAAGAGAAUGCGAGAUGGGAAAGCAUUAACUCGCACAGUAAGGGUGAUAUGGGCGCUUAAAAGACCUGAGACUAUGGAAUGGUUCAAGGAAGAGCUUCGUAUCUGCCGAGAAUAUGCACCUCCAGGGACAGUUUCUUUCCACUUCUAUCUAACCGGCUCAACGAGAUAUACCCACCAACCUAAUCGUUCGAGACCUCACAGCGGAGCGUUCCACGAUAAAAUAAACGAUGUCUUCCAGGGGGUUGCCAGCAAGCGAAAUUCCGCAUAUAUCCGUGAAGAAGCGGCGGGUGAUGAAGAGCGGGAAAAGGAGCUCCGCCGUGAGAAUGAAGAUACCAUUGCUGCUCUUCCAUCUGCGUACAUUCCGCCCAAACAGUCAUACGGCUGGAACUUCCCCGCCUCUCGCCCUCCCGAACAAGAUCCCAGUUCCAGCAGCAUGAAUUUCGGUUUCCCUAGCACACCAACUAUGCUUCAAAAGAAUCUUAUGCGCUUCGCAUUUUUGCCAACACAAAAACGGGAUGGAUGGAAGACGGAAUAUGGUCGUCCGGAUAUUCCCUUUAUGCUACGACAAUAUUCGAAAGACUUCGGACGACGGUCUUGCGUAUUCGUCUGUGGCCCGCCCAGUAUGAGAGUCGACGUUGCGAAUACCGUGGCGAGACUGCAAAGAAUGAUAAUGGACGACCCUAAUAAAACCGAGCUCUUCCUGCAUGCAGAGAAUUAUGCUAUUUAAUAGACAAUGCGACGCCAGGAUAUUUCGUUAUUAUUAUU